AUUUGAAUACGAAUCAUCAUCAGAACGGUAAGUAGAGCGGGAAGCACGUGAUUAAGAAACCAAACCUAAAGAAAUUAUACACUCAUUAAUUAAUUCCACCCCACCAAACUCCCCCAAUUUGCUCACAAUAUUAAUGAAAUUGGAUUUGUUUCGAAUUUUAUGAUUAUGAAUUCAUGGUCUUUAUCCUCCAUUUUUACACCAAAUUUCCUCAUUUAAAUUACAAAAAUGUGGCAGGUUGCAGUAGCAGCUGCAGUUGCAGGAUCUGGUCUCAUUGCUAAGCGUAUCUUCUCUCAAAAUCCCAAUUCCAAUACUUCAAAUUCAAUCCAAACAGAACCCAAUUUAGGAAUCAACCAAGAGCAAAUUUUUAAUAAUUUCCCAACAAACCAGUUUUCACCCAUAAAGCCAUUUCCCGAAAAAAACUCAAGUUUUUCAAUUUUGAGUCAUGAUGAGUCUGGGAAUGCUAGUAUAAGCACCAUUAAUGAAGUAGAAGAAGAAAAAAAAGAUGGGGUUUUUUGGUUUUCAAGUUCUGGGUCUGGUACAACAUCUGGGUAUUGUUCUAAUUCAAGAAAAAUGUGUAAUUCUGGCAAGAAAAUUUUUAGAUCAAAGAAAAAGGUGGGUUGUUUUGAGAAUGGAAGUGUGUAUCAGAGGAAGAAUAGUGGGAAAAGGGUGAUGAUUUGUUUGAAAAGGAGAAAAACUAGUAGGAAUUCAAGUAAAAAGCAUGAUUCAUCUCUCUCCAAAGUUGGUUUUUCAGAUUGCUCAUCUUUUGGUUGGGGACUUGGUCUGGGAAUGUAUUACAUGAUGUCAGCUGGAAAAGCAGAAAUAAAUAAGCUUAGCAGCACUAUUCAUGAAACUGCAGAAGCAGUACAUAAAUUACAAUCUGAGCUCAACAAGCAGAAAUCAACGGCCUGUGAUCAGAUCUUGAGCUCUGAUGGCACUACAAAUGCAAUUAAUACUGUGCAAAAGCCGGUGGCAGAGCAAGUACCUAUGGACGAAUGUUCGGUGAGAAAAUACCCAAUUGAAAUGAAAGUUACGAGUCAUUUGUCUGACAGUGAUUACGCCAGCAGUGUCCUUACUGAAGAACAACAGCGAGAAGGUACAGAAAUGGAUCAGUUGGAGGCAGAACUUGAAUCUGAACUGCAGAAGCUUCCUUGGAGUACCACUGAAGCCUCCCAGCCCAUAAUGAAUUUGAAUAAUUUAGCCCAGAUGGAACGACAUACGGUACUAAACCCACUUUCGAGAUCUUAUCAAUCUGAUGGCGUACACCCAGAAGAACUCAAAAACAAGCUGUCAAGCUUGCUCAUAGAACAGCAGGAAAGCCAUAUUUGUGAGCUCGAGUCUGAACUAAAUUGGGCUUACCUCAAACUUCAAGAGAAAGAGGCUGAGCUUCAGGCACUGAAAGAUUGUGUCAAGCGUUUGUCUGAGUGUUCACUCUCUACUGUGUCAGAUGAAGAAACAGAACUCAUAGGAGAUGAUCAGAGGGGGGAACUUGAUCAUGAAAACACGAGAUUUUCUGAUUCUCCUGUGCUCGGUAAGAAAAGAGCAAUGCACCUUAGAGCGUUCGAUGAUAGCUAGAUCAAAAAGUCAUAACAUAUAAUGGUUAUUGUUGUAAGACGCUGCAAGCUCGGAUUUUGGCAUCUUUCUAAUGGUUGUAUCAUGCACCAGAUUUUGGCACCUUAGAACUCUUCAGGUUUGUCCAAGUGUUGUUCUAGAUUGCUUUUAAUUUUUUUUUUCCUGAACUGAUGUCAAAAACUUGUGUAAAUGAAGUAGCUUAGAUCAUGUAUUAUUACUUCCUGAUAUAAGUUCUUAGUUGUGAAAAGCUCUCCCAUGGAGAUUAGGUAAAUUCAAAGGAUUAAGAGGAUAGUGAUUUUGGUUUAGUCCCAUUAUUUGCUUGAUCUAUGUUUUUUUUUGGGGUAUUUGGUUUUAAUGGAAAUUUGUUUUUUCCUUGAAAAAACUUAACCUUUUCCCCCAAAAAAUUGUAAAUAAAUAAAUAAUACCAACUUUAGAUCGUCGAAGUUAAAGGUGAAAAAAGAUUAAAAAGCAUGUUGAUGAGAAAAAUAGCAACAUACUUGAUGAAUUGUCAAAAUCUAUUUGUUAAAGUUUUUUCUGCUUUUCGCUUGAUUAUAUAUUGCUCGUAGUGGAAACUAGUCAAAAAGUCAAAGCAAGGCUCGAGAAUUGGAGGUUAACCCUACAAGGAAAAGGUCUGCAAAUAAGCUGUUAUAAAAGAGAAUAUUUUAAAUUUUUUAGUAAGGAAGAGCAAGUGGGAGAACUUUAAGUGACUUAUGAGAAAAUAUUGUUGUGCAAACGACUAAAUUUAAAUAUUUGGGGUUAAUAAUGCGGAGUAAUGGCAAGGUUGAUGAAGACAUUACACAACUCAAUUUUAAUAGAUAAAAGUAUUCAAAUUAUCAAAUAUCCUAGAUCACAACAUAGACA